AAAAAGAGGAUAAAAAUAAGCCAAAAUGCUUGAUAACGACAGAGGAGAGUUGGCUCUGUUGCAGCAAGAAUUUGACUGGGUGCUCAGUGAGGAAGUUCCAAGGGUAUUUACACAAGUGAUGCAAGUUCUUAAGGAAUGCUGUACUCACUUCCCUGUCCCACUGUGUGGUAAUGAGACAGCUGUCAAACAAGAGAAGUUUAUCAUGUCUACAGCUGCACACAGCACACAGGACCAAGUCAAGUGUGUAGUCACUGUGACAGGAGACACCAUUAGUCAGGCAGACAUCAACAUGAAGGUGGCCAAACACCAAAACCAAGUGCACCGUACCAGUGUGACACCCGAUGCACCAUGGCGGAUACAACAGAUUCAAGAUGCAGGGAACUUUCUGCAGCUUGCAAUACAGUUCUUGCAAGGACAUGGAGCUAAUAACUCUUUUAAGACAAGUAGUGAGGUCUUGAAUGUGUUGGGUCAACUAAUCAAGAUGCUGCAGACUGGACGUAGCAGCCUUCUCAUUCCUCGGAAAAAGACAAUUGAUGAACUUCUGAGUAGCAGAAAUAUGAAAUCCCUGACACCUCCUUUGCCAGGGGAUUUGGCAGUAAGCUUUUACAUUCAAGCUCACAAACUAGUGCUUGCUGUGUAUCACCUUUCAAAUGCUGCUGGAACCAUGAAGUUUGAGAGUGUCCAGGCUGAGUGUGCUGUACCUUGGCUUAGCCCUGUGCUUGUAUGUUUUACAACAGCUUUACAUUUAGCUCACCAGCUGAGAGAUAAGAUAUCUGUUUUCUCACAGUUCAAAGAUUUCACUCCUGAUUCCUGUAGUGUUUCAACAAUAUCAUGCUGAAACACAGCAACAUAGUUAUAAGAUUGGCUGACUUUGCAGGAAAAAGAAGAAACUUACUCUGUUAGAUGUUAAGAAGAAACAUAGCUGCUUCCCCAGUCCUACAAUUGUAAUGCUCCAAUAGUUUUCAUGUACAGUGGAAGUGGAAUACUUUUUUAACUUUAUCUAAAUCUCUUAUCAGAAUUUACAAACAUGAACAACAGCAAAAAUGUAUUUGUAUAUUAGGGAUAUAGGCCUUUAGUACUUUGAGAUGUCAAUAAAACAUGUGAAAGGAGACAGUAUUCCAAAUUAUUUAGUAUGUUAAAAACUCUUCUCCAUCAUAUUAUUUUUGUUAUAUUUUAAUUAUCUUUGUUAAUGAGAAACGUGUAAUGUGGUUGCAGUGUUCCCUGUGAAUUAUUGCCAACUGAACUUGUAUAGAAAAAUAUAGAGCACUCCUGGUUUCCUAUGUAAAUAGCUAGUACCAAUUGUAGUCCUGUACAGUUAUUUACUCUUAGUCAUGUAUUGUUCAUAAGCCAUACCCUGAACUGUCAGCAGUUGUGUAUUGGAGCACAAUGUUAAUGUUCAUAAUUACUGUAUAUGGUUGGUGUUAGAAGAUAUCCUAAAUAGGUUUGAAUGUGAAGUGAUGUAUAUUUCAUGUGUUGUGUAUAUAAGGUUAUAUUUCACAAACCAGAUAUUGAAAUGUUAAUAUAUUUUAGAUGUUAAAUCUGCGAAAGUAAUUGAGUGUGUCCUGUAUGGUUUUUUGAUUUUUUUUUACACUUAGAUGGCUCCACGAGUGUAGGCCUAACUGACCACA